GCAGGCUGUGCAUCUCUGGCGCCGCUGUUUCCUCUCACACCGGUCCCGCCACUCUCCGAACUCCACAACAACCGGAACCCCGCCUCCUAACGUCACCAGCACACGUGACCUGCGUACCCGGAUGAGAGAAGGAAGCUACGAGUACCGACGUCAUCAGUCAGCGCUGGAUUCCCUUAUAUACGUUACAUAUGUGCGCGACGUGGUGACGUCAAACGUCGCUUCGCUCUUGACGUUCGCUUCUGCGCGACGAGCCUCUUAGGUUCCCGCCAAAUCGUGUGUGGAAACAGUGACAGCGGCGGAAGGUCGUCUGCAGGAUAACGACCUGUGAGCACCAUGUCUCCGCUCGCUCUGCACGGCUCCAUCCGUAUCCACUGCCUGAAUAUGGGGACGUCUAAGUGGAAGGAGGGCAGAUGUGAGGUGAUGGAGAAGGACAGCAGGUUUACCCUUGUGGUCAACUUCAAGGCCGGGGGAGCGCCAGCAAAAUUCCAGCUCAAUCAGAACAUCAAGCACAUCGUCCUGAGGCCGGUGGGGACAAAGCAGUCGCGCCUUCUGCUCACCAUGAAAGAUUCCAGUUCUCUGACCAUUGAUAAGGUCCCAAGCAAAGAGGCCGAGGAGCUGAGACACAUACUGGAGUCCAUCAACCUGGACAAGACGCAUACCGGGAAGCCAACUCAAGGAUCUGCGAGCUUUGGAGGGAUCCUGGGGAGCAGAAGUAUCCAGAGGGAAAGCAUCAGACCGCUGAACAACAGGACCCAGACUCCUACAAAGAGAGCGAGCGAAGGAAAAGACGAAACUCCUGUAAAAAAGCCGCUAGGCAAUAAUGGAAGAAUCCAAACAUCUCCAAAUAACAUGACCCCAAAUCGUGGGAAUUCACCUGCAACCUUCACACUGCACAGGACCGGCCUGAUGGAAAGCAGCACCAAUAAAGCGCUGACCGACUCCGGACGCAAAUUCCUCAACAGCAGCCGCGAGAAACAGCUGAGUGCGAAGCAGGCCGAGGAAAAUCGUUCCGGUGUAAUGCCGCUGCAGUCCUCGUCCUUCUACAGCAGCCGGAUGACACCUAAAGAUUAUUCUCUUCUGGAGAGGACCCCCGGAUGUACCCAGCCCCCAUCAGCUAAGAGAAGUCUAGUUCUUCCAGCACAGCAGAGUCCAUUGUCAGUGAAGAAACUGCGACCAAAUCAAGACUAUGCCGGAUGGAACAAGCCGAGGGUCCUCUCCACGCACACACAGCCACAGCAACUGCAGGGGUUUUCCAACCUAGGGAAUACGUGUUACAUGAAUUCCAUCCUGCAGUCCUUGUUUUCUCUACAGCCAUUUGCUAAUGAUUUGCUUAAAAAGGGAAUUCCAUACAAGAAAAUCCCGCCGAACGCAUUGAUCAGACGUUUUGCCUUCCUGUUGGCCAAGAAAGAUGUCUGCAGUGCUGAAAUGAAGAGGGAUCUGCUGAAGAAAGUAAAGAGCGCCAUUUCUUCCACAGCGGAGCGUUUCUCUGGUUACAUGCAGAAUGAUGCCCAUGAGUUUUUGAGUCAGUGCCUUGAUCAGCUAAAAGAAGACAUGGGAAAAUUAAACAAAACAUGGACGACAGAAGUGAGUUCAGGAGACGAGCGCAUCGACGGGAGAUCGGGGGAGGACGGGACCGCUGCUCAUGUCUAUUCCUGCCCUGUUGUUUGCAAUUUCGAGUUUGAGGCUCAGCAUUCGAUAAUAUGUAAAAUGUGCGGUGAGAAAGUGAUAAAGCGCGAGCAGUUCAAUGAUCUGUCCAUCGACCUUCCUCGGAGAAAGAAGUUGACUCCUUCAAGGUCUAUACAGGAUUCCCUCGACCUCUUUUUCCGGAAGGAAGAUGUAGAAUAUUCCUGUGAGAAAUGCAGUGGAAAGUCAGCGGUGGUGAUACACAAGUUCAGCCGGCUGCCCCGGGUUCUGAUUCUGCACCUGAAGAGAUACUGCUUCAAUGUGACGCUGUCCCUCAACAACAAGGUUGGGCAGCAGGUGAUCAUCCCGCGGUACCUGACACUGUCCUCGCACUGUACGGAGAACACGCGGCCCCCGGUGCCCCUUGUCUACAGUCCAUCGGCGGCAGCGAAUUCCCGACCACUAAAAACCUCCCAGAUGGUGAAUUCCUGUAGUGUCGGUAACAUCUCUCCAGCUGUGAG